CGUGGUCACCUUCUUCUCUUCCAGGAACCAUCAAUAUGCAACGUAAUAUUCCUUUGGAAUCAAAGAUUCCCGAUUUUGGGAUUUUAGGGUUUAGCCUUAACCCACAUUCACUACAAAUACCCUCUUUCGUUCUCUUUCUAAGUGCAACCGAAGCCAAGAACAGAUCUUGAGAGCACUGCGAGAUACCCAGAGUGAGCCUUGUUAUUGAGAGGAAGAUUUCUUCUUCUGGGCCAUUCAGAUUUUCUCCAUUCCCCAGAACAAACAUGUCUGAAAUUGUGGUUGUUUUCGACUUUGACAAGACCAUUGUGGAUGUCGACAGCGACAACUGGGUCAUCGACGAGUUGGGUUUCACAGAUUUGUUCAACCAACUCAUCCCCACAAUGCCUUGGAACACUGUCAUGGACAAGAUGAUGAUGGAGCUUCACUCACAUGGUAAAACCAUUAAGGACAUUGAAGAGGUUCUGCAUAAGAUUCCCCUGCACCCCAGGGUAAUACCCGCUGUUAAAGCAGCUCAUGCUUCAGGGUGUGAUUUGAGGAUUGUGAGUGAUGCAAACUUGUUUUUCAUUGAGUCAAUUUUGAAGCACUUAGGAAUAAGGGAAUAUUUCUCAGAGAUCAAUACUAACCCCAGUUAUGUGAAUGAAGAAGGAAGGUUAAGGAUUCUACCUUACCACGAUUUCAACAAAGCUUCUCAUGGCUGCAGUUUGUGUCCUCCAAACAUGUGUAAGGGUUUAGUGAUAGAGAGAAUCCAAGAUUCAAUAUCAGAGGAGAAUAAGAGGUUCAUCUAUCUUGGAGAUGGUGUUGGAGACUAUUGCCCAAGUUUGAGGCUGAAAGAGAAGGACUUUAUGAUGCCAAGGAAGAACUUUCCGGUGUGGGAUUUGAUAUGCAAAGACCCUUCACUUGUUAAGGCUGAGAUUCAUGGGUGGAGUGAUGGAGAAGAACUUGAACAAGUUUUGCUGCAAUUGAUCAAUAAAGUAUCAAUGGAGCAAAGUUCUCUCUUCAUUUCCUCUGAUUGCAAGCUUCAGACUCUGUCAGUCUCUGCUCAUGAGGCUUUGCCAAAAGUUCUACCAGUUCGACCAUAGUUUCAUGGUUUAGUAACUUCCAUAAUGUAUCAUAAUUCGAUUUUGAUUAUUAACAACCUUAAUUAAACCUUCACUGAAGUUUCCUAAUGUUGGAAAUGGUCCUAGAUGGACACCUAUCAAAUACAAACAUUGGUUUGCUCA